AUGUAUCCUUUUGCUCCAGACAUGAGGAGAGACUGUGACCUGGCCAUAUUCACUGACAUCCCCAAAUCGUUGUCUGGUAAGAGCAACCGAGGUAACUUACAGUAGCAGAGAGCUGCCAUUGGAGUGUUCUCAUGUCUGAAUGCAUAAGUAUUUUUCUUUAUGUGUUUCUGUUUUCUGUGCAGAGGGUUUCCAGUUCUUCUGGCCGGAGAACAGUGUAUUGCUGACACCUGGGGAUACUGAGGGGAAACUACUUCCCCGAAACUUCAGCCCUAAAACUAAGACCCACACACGAGUACCUCACACAUGA